GCUGAUGCCUACUGGAUUCCGGCUCAGACAUAUACAGCAACGGCCUACACCUACGCCAAGGGAGUCUAUAGUCUGCCGUCUGGUUCCGUUAAUGGACUGAUCACGGCCAGUAUCGCGCAAACAGGUGACUAA